AGGUGAACGCAGCUUCUGAUAUUCCUGUCUGUGAUUCCUCCAUUUACUCCACUCCCCUCUCCUUCCGCUGCCGGUGAGGGUGUGUUGGGACUGAAUUGACCCGGGUCCGCAGUGCACUCCGACCUGGUUCAACAAGCGUGGGUGAAGAUGCUGCCUGUCUACUUGCUGAUUGCCUCGCUUGUCACUGGGGCUGACUUGACUGAAAGUCCUUGUCUGCUGUCUGAUGUCCUGUGUACCACUGCGGACUAUCAGCUCCGGCGUUACAAAGAAUCGGUCUGGGUUGGAACACACGUGGAUGUCAGCAUCAGCCCCAAGGUGGACACUUCCAUGCAGCGCCUAUUGAGCUAUACAAGAGGGGGAAACUCUGCAGAAUUGUGGAUCCAAAGCAAUGGACAAUUUCUCAUUUCAUUCACCGGAGAUGGAGAGAUUACAAUGUAUUUGUUGGUUCCCGAAGAACUUUGGGAAAACCCUCCAACACCAACAAGCCCACAAGCGUUUAUAACUCGUUUCCCGACGAUGGACGUGCUCUCCAGGAGGAUUCGUUGGAAUGCCAUGACCCAGGCAAAUGACUUCAAUCGCACGCUCACGGAGCAGAAUGCCAAAUUCAACAACUCCUUCUUCUUCGUGUCUUUCUGCAAAGGGAGAAGCAGAUGCAAAACAUCUCCACGUCCGCGACGUUAUAACAAGAGACAGUUUGGCCAAUACAGUCCCCUUGCAGGGACGGCUGUUUUUCAACUUGAGGGGGCCGACGAACAUACCACAACUGCACCUUCGGUGCCUACUCGCCUUGACAGGUCCGGCGGACGCGUGACAACUGCAUCUCCAAGAGCUUCUCGCCCUGGCAGCAAACGCAGAUGCAACACAUCUCCACCUGCGCGACGUUGUAAAGGGCGUUUGUUUUCCUUCCUCGGACCAUUUGAGGGGCUCAGAAAACGUAGCAUACGCACGUCUGCGGGAGCCCUUACCAGUGGCGAGAGAUCCUUCUGGGGAGCAGAAGUCUCCAUUGGCGGGGUAUCGUAUGACUUCAGCUCGAUGCCGGCAGGUAACGAGGUCUGGUUCGUUGCCACUGGCGAAAUGGAUUGCCCACUCAUGUGAGGACGAGCCCUGGAUCGCCCGCCUUGCUUCGUAUCAAUCACCGCUUUCGGCACGCUCUCCGCUAACAACGUGUUCCCAUACCGCUGUUCAGUAAUCACAGCACUGGCCUGUUCACCCAGCCUGGCCUCGGCACCCUGUAAACAACACGUGACGGAUCAUAACCCACUCUCACAAUAACCGCAAUGUGGCUGGAUUAGGAGACCAUUUCGAGGACUUCCGGCCACCAUGGUCCUCCACUGACCCAGGAACAUCGCACAGCGUUGAUAAGGGAAGCAGUCCUGAGAAAACUGUGCCCAUGUCGGGAACAGACAGAUGUGUCCUGCCCUGGGGUCUUUUGCAUUCGUGGUGCAAGAGUGAGAUCCGGAAGACAUUAAAAACAUCGAGUCACGCAGGUUUACGCUUGGGGUUUUAAGGGAUGUUUGGGUUUCUUCGGGGAACGCACUGGGGAAGAUGGGGGCCACAGGUCACUUCUGUCUCACCGCCCGCGUGUCGGCGCUGGAGCGGUGCACACACUGGGCAGAACGGGCAGCGGGUGUUCGA